AUGCCCGCCCAUGGUCAAUAUACCACCGAAAAGGUCCAGUAUCCGUCUCACGGAGAGACCGUUGCCGGUGUCCUUUUCCGUCCUACCAACGUCACCAACCCGCCCGGAAUUGUCGUCACGGGUCCGUACUCGUUUGUGAAAGAACAAGCUCCCUUGCAAUAUGCGACUCGCCUUGCAGAUGAAGGGUACGCGGCCUUGAUCUUUGACCCCCGCACCGUCGGCGAGAGCACCGGCCAGCCGCGACGCCUGGAGAACCCGAAAAUGAAGAACGAGGACAUGGUUGCCGGGCUCGACUACCUCUGCUCGCGCGGUGACGUCGACAAAUCCCGUCUCUUCCUCGUUGGCAUUUGCCAGGGCGGUCCUGAGUCUCUGGAUGUCGCUUCGUACGAUGGCCGCGUUUCCGGCGUCGCUUCGGUCUCCGGGUACUAUCGCGACCACGAGACUGACAUCUAUAUGAUCUGCGCUGGAUGCGUUGCUUGGGAGCCAGGUGCUGAUAUCGGAGCUAUGAAGAUGCCAACUCCCGAACAGGGUGAAGCGCUGCUUAAAGCGCGCAUUGAGCGAGCCAAGCAAGCCCGGGAGCUGUACGACAAGACCGGAGAAGUCGUUUAUCAGCCGCUUGUCGACCCCAAGGCCGCUGACCCUGACACUGGCGCAUUAGCAGGUCUGCCCGGUCCAGUUGUCUGGUCCUGGUAUGGCCCCUGGACACUGAAGGGGUUCGAGAACCGAUAUGCGGUGAUGAGCGACCUGGACCACUUUGACUAUACCACUGUCCCUGGUGUCGCUAAGCUGCAGAAGCCGGCGCUGUUGAUCCACGGUGACAACUGUAUGAAUGCGGACGCUGCGAAGCGCCACUACGAGUCCAUUCCCACGACGGAGAAGAAGUUGAUCUGGAACAAUGAGGUUUCGCACUUUCAGCACUAUGACCAGCCUGACGCGGUCGACCGUAAUGUGGGAGACAUUGCGGCUUGGUUUGCCAACGUCAAAUAG